AUGGCUCCGCAGGCUGCAAGCCUCGUCGCGCGUUGGGACGACGGAGAUUACUAUAGCUUUUGGUAUUCGACACCGGGGUACGCCAUUCGAUGGUCACUGUUUGGCCUCUUUGUCCUCAUCAUCCUCCUCUGGGUCGUUGGCGGCUAUUUCCAUGCCAAGCACCUCAUGAAGAAGGGUCUCCCCCUCAAGUCCUACCACAGCUGUUUCUUCCCUAGACGACCACGCAUGCAGCAGGCUGGCUGGUAUCGCCCGUACAAUGCCCCUCAGGAAGGCUACAACAUGAACUACAUGCCGCCGCCCCCGACGUACGAUGCCAACCGCCCGCCCGAGUACCAGCAAGGCCCGCCCGCGGGCGCCAGUAAGGUCGACCCCUCGCAGUGGUCCAGCCAGCCCACGAACCGACCGGCCGAGUCCAGCACGACGGGCGCCGGCAUGGUCCCCGACUACGCAGCGCCACCUGGCCCGCCCCCGGCUGUCACAAGACAGUAG